AUGGAAUUGGAGAAAUGGCUGAUAGUUGAGGAGAGUGUAUGGACGCAGAAAUCAAGAGUGCAAUGGCUGAAAUUGGGAGACUCUAACACAUCAUAUUUCUAUGCAUGUAUGAAAAAUAGACAAGCAAGGAACCACAUUGGCAAGCUGACUAGUUGUGCAGGGCAUCUACUGCAUAGUGCAGAUGAAGUUGCAAAGGAGAUUCUGACCUUUUACAAAGUCCUGCUUGGGACAGCUGCAACUCAGUUGCUAGUUGUCCUACCAGAUGUUAUGCAAAAUGGAUACACCCUUAAUCAUAGACAACAACUGCAGCUCAUCCAUCUAGUCAUAAGGGAGGAAAUAAAGCAAGCUAUUACGGAUAUUGAUGAUAACAACACACUAGGGUGUGAUGGAUACAAUGCUCAUUUAUUCAAAAAGACAUGGCAUAUCUUGGGAGAUGAAGUCACUGAUGCAGUAAUGGAUUUCUUUCAAACUGCUGCAAUGUAUAAAGCCAUCAACCGCACAACCAUCACUUUGAUUCCAAAAGUGAAGAAUCCAGCAAAUAUGAGUUUAAGCCAAUAUCUUGAUAUACAGUCCUCUACAAGCUAA